UGUAAACAGUCUCUUAAAAAUAAGAUCAUGACAAGCGUGGUGACAACAACUGGAACUGUCACAUUCUACAAGCUGUCACCGCAUCAUAUUCACGUGUAUAUGAAUAGUGCACGGAAGGCAGUGAUAAAUUCUGUAGAACCAAUCAAUUGCUUGUGUGUGGAAGUCUGGGAUCCUGAUUAUGGAGAUCCCAGUGAUGUGUGGACGCUGUGGAUGGGCUCAACCAUAGGCAGAGUGUACUGUGUGGAUAGUUUAUCUUUACAGACUUCAGGAGUGAAAGACUGGUCAGAUGACAACCAAGAUAUUUUUGACACUCUUCUUGCAAGCCAAUUACCAUCACAGCAUGGAAAAGGGGCGAAACAGAGGCCUGUUUCCAACAUUGUUCGAGUUUUUCCAUCAGAUUCCAAGCUCCUGCUCAGUGCACCAGUUGUGUCAAUAGGUACAGGUCAAGGCCUGCUAUGUGUAUGUACACUGACAAAUUCUAUCAUUGGAAAUUCCUACACCAUUUCCUUGCACCAUACAAAAGCACUUUCCACAUGUAGUACAAAUGAUGAUAAUGUUGAUCCAUUGUGGACAAAGCAUAUACCUGCUGAGGGACUGGAAUACAUGGGCUUCAGAACAAUGGAGACUGCUAAUAACCUACGUCCACUGCCUGUGGUAUAUUUGGUUACAUCAUCAUCUUUGCGGCCAUCGAAGGAUGAAAACUCAGGUUGUGCAUUGGCACUUUUCAGUGCUCUCUUUGGAAGUGAAUCAGCAGUGAUAGAUGCAACAGUUUUAAUUUUUGGCUCGCCAUCAGGCGUUGUGUUUUAUUUCAAACUGAAAGACUUAAACCCUAAUGAUAAGCCAGAAGUUCUUUGUGCUUUAAAUCAACCUAUUAUUGCCAUUCAUACCCUAGCCAUACCCUGUAAUGGAAGAGGAGAGACGCCUUUGACAGAUUUCUCUUUUCUAGGAUCCAGCCAAGCGGAGAACCAGCCACCAGUUAUGUGCUUGGCUGUCAUUGGUCAGAAUGGAAAGUGUUCACUGAUCUUCCAAUCAGGUGAUACGUUACAGUACCAGACUGUAAUUUUGCCUGGACCCAUUGUCUCAGAGUUUGCACUAUCAACGUUUGUGUAUGUUUCCACUGAUAAGGACUUGCACAGAUGCAGAUUUUCCUGUGUUGAGAGGGAAGACAGGAAGAAGAAGUUUGAAGUCUCAGUGUCUAGCCUGGGCUUCUCUGGGAUUUGUGGAAUUGAUGGUGAACCAGGUUUAACCUUGGGAAGUGUGGAACUGUACCUGUUCUCCAGGCACGGAAGACUGUACACUGUCACUGACGAGGGUGAGGGCAGCGAGCGCAAGACUGUGGCUGCCACUCAAACGAGAGACCUACUCCUGUCCAUUGGAAACACCAGUCAUGAGAUGGAUAGAGUAAAGGAGGUGAUAGCCACACAGAACGAUGUGCUAAGUCAACUGGCGUUAGCUACAAAGCUGGCUGCAUUGACUGCAGGUAGUGCCACAGAGAAAGCUGCAAAACUCAGAAAACUGAACAAAAUAGUCAAAGUGAAAGUGAGUGUCAAGCAAGACUGCCUUGGGUCAAGAAGGGAGUUUUCCGUACAUGCCAAACUAACCAAUGAGAGUGUUGCUGAUCUAUCAUCUGAUUGGUUGAUGUUGGUGCAGGUGGAUCAUUUUCAAGAUAUUAAAGGGGAGAUAACUCUAUCAAACUUCAGUAAGUCUCUUCCACUGUUAAAGGGCCUCAGACCAGAAUGUUUUGAAGAGAUUCAAAUUCCUUUGGAGGGAAUGCAGUUGAAGACUCCAUCGCUAGCUGUGAGAACGUUUCUGGUGUAUAAUGUUCCACAGACAGGUUUUGAUAAGGUCAUGAAUGCAAAAGCUGAGCAGUUUUUGACGUAUUGCCUGAAAUCAUCACAGGAUAGUAAGUCUGUCCUUUGCAUUCCAUUACAAGAGGACAGAUUAAACAUUCUUGAUUUCCUUCAUGUCCCUGAUCUAUACCAGAGUAAGACUUCACAGACCUCUUCCAGGAGUCACCAUUCUCUGUCUAAUUCUGAGAUGUGUUCAUGUGAUAUGAUAGCCUUGGAGUUAGCCAGACAGAGACCCACAUAUGGCCUGUACUUUCCCAGUAGGGACAGCCAUACUCAGACGACCAUUCGCUCAGUGCCAUCAGUGGUAGUCAACUUGCAAGCCAGUGAAGUUCCAAAGCUGAAAAAGUGUAGAAACAGCACUGAAGUGCUUCAGCUGAUACUCUCCCAAACAGCCCUUGGAUCAGCCAACACAGGGGAGACAACCCUGAUCAGGGUUUCCACACCAAGAGGUCAUCAGGUAACCUUGAGUGUGAAUCCUGACCAAUCGCAACGCUCUGACACCUCCACAGGAGACCAAUUAGAGAUGCCUUCUCGCCAGACGAGUUAUAUUUUGACCCUCCAGAGUGAAGACUUGCCUACAUUGGUGUUGAUGAGAUCUGGGUUCAUAGACAGGCUAUUAGCAGAGAUGACCUCAGAGAGCAGACAAGAUGGGGAUGUUCAAGAGAAGCAAAUUAGAUCAUUACUGCAUACUUACCAGGGAAUACGCAAAAGUGUUGAAGGCCUUGAGAUGCCCAGACCAACAGAUGACAGUAAGGAUAAUGAUGUGAAGAAUUCAUACAGUGCUGUGUAUGAACAGUUGAGAAAUGUACCCCUGCCUCAUACCUGAUAAACCUUGUUGCUUGAUGCAGCAGAGAAACCAAGAGGUUCUACUUCCUCAGACAACCCAGUUGAUGCCUCUGGCAACAGGGCCCAGGGCCCUGUUUAUUUAGGGUAGCUGGCAAUGGACAUUGAUUAUUCAGAAAUGUCCCACCUGAAGAAUUGUUAAUUGAUAUUAUCCAGUUAUCUUUACCCAGAUAGAGAAUCAUCAAACCACAGGUGGAAGGCAGAUCAUGCAAAUACUAAGUCGAUAUACCUAUGUCUAAUAACAAUCUCUGAUAUACCUGUAUACUGCAUGCACUUAACAUGCAUAUGGAGCGUGACCCGAGAAAGCCCGUAGGAAACCCACAGCCAUCUGCAGGUUGGUGGCAGACCCACCCAGGUAUGACCAGAGAGGCAGCCAGCAAGAGCGACCUCAUUGCUGAGAUGCUCCUGGUUCAAAUUUUGUGUGAUAACUGCCCAGCCAUGGUUGCCACACUUGUAAAAUUUGUUGAUUUAAUACGUGGGUAACGAAACUGCAUGGGAACAAGAAUUCCAUGGGUUGAGAGCACGUUUCUUCAGAUCCGAAUAAUGACUAAUCAGUAUGGUAAGCUCCCAGAUGCUAAUAUAUAUUGACUCUAGCAAGGUUGCAAUGAAUCGAACGAGCCAAGCAAACCUUGGCAGUUAAACCAGUGAUUUGCAGACUUUUGUACUCUGGUUACCAGGUCUGGCAAAUAAACGCCACAGUUGGAGGGAUGGUUGGCCUGGGAAACAGAAUAAAAGCUUUAGGUUUUUGGAUUAUUUUGUCUAACAUUUAUCUAGACAAACACAGCCUGAUAUUUCAAUAUUUACUUUGUAAUACAAUUUUGGUAAUA